AUGGAUGCUGAAGAAUCAUCAUCAUUGCUGCUACUCAAAGAAGAGAAAGAGGAUAUGGAGGAGGGUCCAACUGAAAAUGCAGAUGACAACUCUUCAUUUGCAGACCCAUUCUUAGAAGUCAAGGCAGAACCAGAAUUUUUUGACUAUGGUGAUUUUGAUGUGAACUGUUCUUCCCAAUCUACUAUUAAGAGUGAAAAGGACAGCUCUUCAAGCUGUGAUGAUGAAGGUGGAAAGAAAAAGAUCUGUAUUGGAGAAGAAAAUAGACAUUUGGGUAGAAGCAACACAGCAGGGAAGCGAUUAACUUGUGCUGAAUGCCAAAGGACGUUUUCAAGAAUUUACAACCUGAAAUCCCACAUAAGAACUCAUACGGGAGAAAAACCAUAUACUUGCUCUGUAUGUCAAAAAAGUUUUUCUGUUUCAAGUACUCUCAAACGUCACAUGAGAAUUCACACAGGAGAGAAACCAUAUACUUGCUCUGUAUGUCAAAGAAGUUUUUCUCAAUCAAAUGAUCUCAAAACACACAUGAGAACUCAUACAGGAGAGAAACCAAAUACUUCUUGCUCUGUAUAUCAAAAAAGUUUUUCUGAAUCAAGUGCUCUCACAAAACACAUGAGAACUCAUACGGGAGACAAACCAUAUACUUGCUCUGUAUGUCAAAGAAGUUUUUCUCAAUCAAAUGAUCUCAAAACACACAUGAGAACUCAUACGGGAAAGAAACCAAAUACUACUUGCUCUGUAUGUCAAAAAAGUUUUUUUGAUUCAAGUACUCUCACAAAACACAUGAGAACUCAUACGGGAGAGAAACCAUAUACUUGCUGUGUAUGUCAAAAAAGUUUUUCUUAUUCAAGUGCUUUCAUAUAUCACAAGAGAACUCAUACGGGAGAGAAACCAUAUACUUGCUCUGUAUGUCAAACACGUUUCUCUGAUUCAAGUGCUCUCAUAUAUCACAUGAGAACUCAUACAGGAGAGAAACCAUAUACUUGCUCUAUAUGCCAAAGAAGUUUUCCUGUUUCGAGUACUCUCAAAUAUCACAUGAGAACUCAUACGGGAGAGAAACCAUUUACUUGCUCUGUAUGUCAAAGAAGUUUUUCUGUUUCAAGUAAUCUCACAAAACACAUGAAAACUCAUACAUGA